CUGCCACCAACUAUUCUUGUCCCAAAAAUUUCUGAAGAUCAGCAUUAUCUCUCUGUUUUCUUUCCUCUCCCACAGUUUGAUGCAUUUUGUUUCAGAAAAUCUAGGAUUGUCAAGCUUUGGUCCCAAGGCAGGGUUUCCAUGCUCUGAGUUUUGGACUGGCACAUUUCUGUAAUAUGGCCUCCUCUUCUGCUUCUUCUUCCUCUGACAUCCCCCCAAAAGAGAAGUAUGAUGUCUUUCUCAGCUUCAGAGGCACCGAUACCCGCAAGACUUUUACCAGCCAUCUCUACAAGGCUUUGGAUGAGAAGAAGAUUGAUACCUACAUAGAUUACAAUCUUGAGCGGGGAGAUGAAAUCGCACCUGCCCUUUUAAAAGCAAUCGAGGGAUCAAUGAUUUCCGUGAUCGUUUUCUCGGAAAACUAUGCUUCUUCUCGAUGGUGCUUGGACGAACUUGUGCAUAUACUGGAAUGCAGGGAAAAGUAUGGACAACAUGUGAUACCCAUCUUUUACAAAACAGUUGUAUCAGAUAUACGACACCAGAGCGGAAGUUAUGAACUUGAAGAACGUUUCAAGGAUAGAACAGAGUCUGAGCGUCUUAAAUGGAAGGUUGCUUUGACAAAAGCAGCUAAUCUUUCUGGGUUUGAAUCAACUUCAACCAGGGAUGAUUCCGAUUUGAUUCAGCAAGUUGUCCAGUUUAUUUUGACGAAUUUGAGUUAUGAGUCCUCAAGUUAUGAAUUAGAUGGCUUCGUUGGAGUUGGAAGUCGAGUUCAGCAAAUUGAAUCAUUACUAUGUAUCGUUCCUGGAGAUGAUCGUGUUCGCUCCGUGGUUAUUUGGGGUAUGGGAGGUAUCGGCAAGACCACCCUUGCUGAUGCUGUUUUUCACCGUCUCUCUUCACAAUUCGAUGCUUGCUGCUUUCUUGCAGAUGUUAGAGAAGGUUCUGGGACCCAUAAAGGACUAAAAGACUUGCGAAACAAGCUUCUUCGUGAAUUAUUAGGGGACACAACUCUUGAUAUCCAGAACAAAACUAUAGACCGUUCUACGGCAGUGAAACUUAGCCGUAGAAAAGUCUUCAUUGUUCUUGAUGAUGUUGACAGGUCAAGCCAAUUAGAGAUGUUAGCUGGACGUGAUGUUACGUUUGGCCCAGGAAGUAGAAUCAUAAUAACAACUAGAGAUAUGCAGCGAGUUAGAGAGAUAGAAGUACUGAGGAAAGGAGGUAACCAUGAUGUUAAGAUCUAUGAGGUUGAGAAAUUAAAUGAUGAUGAAGCUCGUCAGCUCUUCAAUUUGAAUGCCUCCACUGGUAUCUAUUCUGAAGUAGAUUCUACGAAUUUGUUAACAAUCAUGGUAGCUUAUGCUGCAGGCAUCCCCUUGGCCCUUAAAAUUUGGAGUUCCUUAUCCCAUAAACUUUCAUGGGACAAGAUGACAAAGUUUCUCAACGAAGACAUGGGGAGCAUUUAUAGAGUGAGUUAUGAUGUCUUGAGAAAAAAUGAGAAGGAAAUAUUUCUUGACAUUGCUUGUUUCCACAAAGGGAAGAAAAUAAAUGAUGUAAGAGGACAUUUAAAUUGCCGUAGUUUAUCUGUGAAUAGCGGAAUUGAUGAUCUUAUUGGUAGGUCUCUCAUAGAACUAAGAGAUAAUUAUCUAUGGAUGCAUGAUGUGAUACAAGAAAUGGGCCGGGAAAUUGUCAACGAAAAAUGUCCUGAAGAGCCUGGAAACCGCACUAGGUUGUACACUUCUAAGGACAUCUGUCAUGUAUUGCAAAAUGAUACGGGAACUGCAACAAUUGAAACCAUGUCCAGGCACCGCUAUGACAUUAUGUUUGCUAGGAUAAACUUGACCCCUCAAGUCUUUGGAAGGAUGUAUAAUCUAACAUUCCUAAACCUUGAUGGGUUUGGCUUCGAAUUGGAACUUCCUGAAGGCGGUCUCGCGUCUCUUCCUAAUGUCCUUAGAUAUCUGUCCUGGCCGUAUUAUCCUUUGGGAACUUUGCCAUCAAAGUUUUCUCCAAGCUGUCUUGUUGAGCUUCAUAUGCCCCGUAGCCAGCUCCAGACACUUUGGAAUAAAGACCAGAACCCUGGGCACCUAAAAAAGAUCGAUCUUAGCUACUCAACGAAGCUGGUUGAUGUUCCAUACCUCACAGCGUGUCUUGAGAGUAUAAAUCUUCAAGGAUGUGAAAGUUUGGUUCAAGUUCCAAAUCUCUCAGAGAGUCUAAAUAUUGUGAGUAUAAACCUUCAAGAGUGCAAGAAGUUGGUUGAAGUUCCUUCGUAUUUUGAAAAUCUUUACAAGCUUACUGUUCUGAAUCUGUGGGGGUGCCGGCUUCUAAAAUGUAUUCCAGAGAUGCCAAGCAACAUGGAAUUCUUACUUAUAGGUGGUCAGAUAUCAAUGCUAGAUUACAAGGGAACGAUGGAAUUGUCUGGAUUGCCUUCAUCAAUCUGGUCUCUUAAGAAACUUGUCAAAUUGGAUCUUAAAGGGUGUUACCACAUUGAGAAUCUUCCAAGCAGCAUUUGGAUGUUGAAUUCCCUCACAUCUCUUGAUUUGUCUUAUACGAGUUUAAAUUAUCUGCCCUCAUCAAUUGAGUGUCUUUCUAGGAUUGUUUCAAUUGAAAUGCGAAAUUGCUAUAGGCUUGUGAGUCUUUCAGACAGCAUCGGUAAGUUGAAAUCUCUCAAGAUACUUGAUCUCUCUGGUUGUUCUUCAUUCAAAUUCUUCCCAGAACUCUUAGAGCCUAUGGAAUGCCUGAAGACUCUCCGUUUAAGUCAAACGAAGAUUGAAGAGGUACACGACUCCAUUGAAAACCUAGUUGGGCUUGAAGAAUUAGACUUAUCCGAGUGCAGAAGCCUUGAGUCUGUCUCAAACAGUAUCUACAAAUUAAGAUUUCUGAAGGAUUUCAGAGUUGCUGAUUGUUGUGAACUAAAGAAACUGCCUAUCUCAUCAUCGGACAUUUCGUGGUCUUUGCAAUCCAAGUUAGACCUCAGUGGCUGCACCAGUUUGGAAGAAAUCCCUGAUGGACUCAUGAUGUGCUUAACCUCACUAAAAGAACUAGAUUUUAGUGAAACCAAGAUUAAGAGCAUACCUUCAAGCAUCAAAGAACUUUCUGGAUUAACAUCCCUAUACAUAUGGAAUUGCAAGAACCUAGAAUCUCUACCAGAGCUCCCAUAUAAUCUUGAAAUUUUGGAUGCUGAUGCUUGUAGGAAUCUUGAGAUGGUGUCAUUCUCAAGGACUGCAGUUCCACAAGGUCUGGAUCAAAUAUGUGAUGAAGAUAUUUUAACACGUCGAGAGAAAUAUUCAUUUCGUAGUUGCAAAAAAUUGAGUGAGACCGCAAAAAGCAACAUGAUGGAUGAUUUACGGCGUAGAAUUAUGCGAAUGGCAACUGCAUUUUCCAAAUAUCCUGAUAAUAGCCCUUGGCCUGAGGAUUACUCCGUUGUUAUUGUCUAUCCUGGGAAUGAGAUUCCAGAGCGGUUCAGGUAUCAAACAGAGGGAUCUUCAAUAAAUAUCAAGCUUCCUGUGCAUCCUUCUCAUACAAAUACAGACUUGUGGCAACUCGUUCUGUGCGCUGUUCUUUCAGUCGACGAAGACGAAGAUGAAGAUGGGGACCAAUAUGACGAAGAUGAAGGUGAGGACGAAUAUGACGAUGACAAAUCGUGUAGAUACAUUCCCGAGAUUUAUGGCUUGAAAUGUAAAUUCAAUUUCAUGACCAACAAUGUUGACAGCUCUGAAUUAGAUUUUACUCUUCCUUCGCCCGGUACUAUGAACUCUAAAAUAUACACGAAAGGGAUCGACAAGUCUCAGGUAUUUGUAUGGUAUUUCGCACACUGGUCCACGCAUGUUCGCUGUGCCAGCGAGGCCUCGUUCAAUUUUUAUCUAGAUCCAGAUUAUGGGUUCUAUAAUGGCAUUAAGGUGAAAAGGUGUGGGGUCUGCUUGCUGUCAUCCGAAGGCCAAGAUGUGAAAUUUGUAGGGGUCAAUCAAGAUGUUGGAGAACCAAAACUAGAGCAGGUUAUUUCAACAAGAAAGAGCCGCGACCAGUAUGAAGAUAGUGGAAGCGCUACAGUUGCUUUCUUGGAUUUGUUUCAUGAAAUGUUUUGAUGAGGCGGUCAAAUGGAGACAGGACCAGAUGACAAUAUUAUGAACUGUUAUUAAUCAAGACAGCAAGGUAAUAAAACUUCUAAACCUAGACGUUAGUUGUUUUAAAGAGGCAUGCUUUUAAUCCCUAUGGUGUUAGAACAAAAGUUCUUAAGGGGUUGUUGUUGCUCUCCAAAUGAGUGCUAGGGAGUUUUGGGGCAUGUGGUUGGAGACAUUGUAAGUAUAUUGAGUUAUUACCACUCAACAUAUAACUUUCCCACAGCUACUAGGAAGCACAAGUUGCAGAAAACCAGGAUAAUGACUCAUCCAAGUUUCCCGGUGACUCAAGAAGUCAAAGAAGCAUGCAAGAUC